CGACGCCAUCUUGUUGUUUAUUGCUGACGCAAAUCUCACGACUCUGCUGUCAUUUCGCUCUGUGUUCCUCACAUCUGGUGAAUUGUGCAUCAUGUAUGCUAAUGCUGCCAGGGUUUACCACCAAGGUCAAGUCAAGCUCCACAAGAAAGUAUCUCCUGUGCAGAUGGUCUCCCCUACCUCUGCUCCUGCCUCCACUCCUGCCUCCGCCCCUGCCUCCAUCCCUACCUACACUCCUGUCCCUCAUCCAUGCCCCAAUACUGAGUGGAUGGUCCACAUCAACCCCCUGUCUGUCCUGCCCAACCCCCUGACCUCUGUCCCAACCCCUAAAAGCACUGCCUACAUGGAGAUUGUUCUUGUGGACGAAGAUGCCUUGAAACAGCCACGAUCAUGUGUGCCAUCCUUGUUUAGUUUUCUCAAGAGUAUCUUCACUGUGUGUUAGGUGAAAAUGCACCUACUAAUAUGGUCGACACUGGGUGUACUGUGUCGAUCCCUUUCAGGAACUUUCGGACAAACCUUUUGGAUAUUCAAUUUUGGACAUUUUCAACAGUUAUUGGUUAUAUGAAACAAUGAUAAUGUUAAUGAUAUCUAUUAAAUAUAUC